AUGCCACGCACAGUGUUCAACAGGCUGUACAGGGCGAUUGAGGGCGAAGGAUUGUUUGUCAGAAGGAAGGAUGCGCUGAGCCGUGGAGGAAUGCAUCCCCUACAGCGGAUGGUUGCCGCAAUUCGCAUGCUGGCGUAUGGAGCAGCGGCUGACUCUUUAGACGAAUAUCUGAGUAUGUCUGAAGACUCAGUGUUGCAGUUACUGAAGUCCUUUUUGUUCUACUGUGAUACAGAAGGAAAGGAGAGGAAGCUGAAUAUCGUUCUAGAGGCAAUUUUUGACGGGGAGUUGUGGAUUUGGCAUGCCUUCUUUGGUAGCCCUGGAAGCUUGAACGACAUCAACGUUUUGGACCGAUCACCAACGAUGGAGCGCAUCAUCGCUGAUGAGUUUCCGCCCUCCAUUCCUUACACGUUAAAUAAAAAACAACGAACGAUGCCCUACUACCUUGGCGAUGGUAUCUACCCAAGCUGGGCAAUUUUUAUGAAGACAAUAAAAGACAACACGGCAAAAAAGGAGGAAGCAUUCGCAAAGGCUAAAGAGGCGAUACGGAAGGACAUCGAACGAGCGUUUAGGGUGCUUGUCGCUCGGUUUCAUAUCCUACAGAACCCUUCAAGACUUUGGAAGGGAAGUGAUGUAUCGAAUGUCAUGGUGGCGUGCAUUAUUCUCCACAAUAUGAUUGUGGAGAGUCGAAGAGAUAACUACCAAAGUGGCAUGGCGUCACUGCAGCACUUCAGUGAGGCGCUUGCUAUGUUCGCUGCCGGUCAGUCAUUCACGUGGGAAUUCGAGUCGGCAACUCGGUACCUUCUUGGCAGUGAGUUGCCGACGGGAAUGGCUAGCAUUGUAUCGUCACGUCAUUCGCGCAUAACAAGUAAAGUGGACCACUUCUCCUUGAAACGCGACCUCAUUGAGCAUAUAUGGAACGCUCACGGCUCCGUCUAG